GUCUGUGAAAGUUGGUUCGUUGUUGAAAGUUUGUUAACGAGCUCACAAGUAAUAUUGCUUUUUAUAAAAUAAACAAACAAAAAAUGAGUCGCCAAUUCGCUGCACUGUGCCUUCUUGUAAUCUGCUCAUCGAGUGCUUACGGAAGCAGCUGCAAAGCCACCGUCAACUCAUUCAGCACUCAGGAUGCAACAAUCUUGACGCAAUUAGCGCACGUUGCUGAAUUUACGUUGCAAUGCACCGGCCAGAAGGCGCAGCCCACUCUUUUCGCCGAAUUCCCCUGCGGCAAAGUGGUGCCCGUCGCCAAGGUGGCAGACAACAAGUACCAGCUGAGCUGGGUGCAGGACAUCAAGCAAGGAAGCAGCGGCAACGUUGUGGUACGGCUAUUCGAUGAGGACGGAUAUGCCAAUGUACGCAAGGCGCAACGGGAUGGUGACAAGGUUUCGUCGGUAAAAUCCCUGCUGGAUAUCACCGUAUCUACCAAAAGUGCCUACAAAGGUCCAUGGGUGAAGGCUGAGUUGUUGGCUGCUUUCUUGGUGGGUGGCGUUGCUUAUUUUGCGUUCUCGACCAAGAGCAAGGUGCAAGCAUAAGAGGAGGAAAAAAACCCAACCGUGCAACCAAACGGACUAGCUCUUGUGGAUGCAUAUAAACUCUUGAAUGAAAUUCAUUCACCAUACCAUGUAGCAACAAAUUAUCGACAUUAUCGGGGAUUCCUGCGCGAUUGUCUAAUUGUACUGAGCAGACGAUCGGUAAGACGAUCAACAUGUUAACAUUUUCUAAGGAUUUUCCACAUUUUUACAACUAAGGUACGAAAUGAGCCAGAUCGCAUAAAUAAAUAAAAUAGAAAGAAAACAAACUUCAA